AUGGAUUUGGACAUGUAUAUACAAAAGAAGUGGACGGCGCUUUUCAAGUUCGCAAACUUCAGUCAAACCGGCAAGUUCACGUUUGCUGAAGCCAUGGAGUAUCCUGUCCAGCUUCUACGUGCUGGAAAAGUGGAACACGCCUUUGUUUUAGCGCGAGCUUACAAAAAGCAUUGGGACUCCAUCCUCGAGGCCCUGGGCAAACCUAAAGACGAGGCGUCAGUGGGUCAGGAUGACUGGGUUAAGGCUCAAACUAUUGUCAGCAAACAGGAUUGGUACCUCAGAGAACUAAUACCAACUGCCACAAUGGCUUUUAUUGAUAUUAUGGACAUAGACAAAGACGGCACAGUUAGUUUCGAGGAGUGGCGGAAUUACUACACGAUGCAAGGAGUGAAAAGUGAGGAAUUCAUCCGCUCUACCUUCGCCAAGAUGGAUUCCAACAAUGACGGCGUGAUUUCGCGAAAGGAAUUCGAGCAUGCCCUGAAGGUGUACAAUUCAAGACAUGAACCAGGGAAUGAUUAUUCGUUCUUGUACACUCUUGACUAG